GUCAAUGCAAUUUUGUAUUUCAGUGUGUUCACAUUUGACAAACGUGAAGAGCUUUCUAAGAAAAAUACCACAUAUGUUGUACAGCAGAAGAUUAUAGCGACACCUUAUGGCGGUCGGCUGUGCUACACACUUCCACAUGGAAACUUCCUAUAUGUACACCUGAAAGAUAAACAGAGAAUCCGACAUAAGAAGAGGUGGUCUCAGAUCAUGUACAUGUAUUAUUUGUUGGGAUGGAAGUUAUAUCGGAAAUAUUUUAUAAAUUUAUCAGACAAAUCUGAACUUGAGGUAAGUUCAAAAUCAAACACCUAUAUUCUUGCACUGGAUGGAGACACUGACUUUCAGCCAUCAGCUUUAUUGCUCUUGGUGGACAGACUAAAAAUGUAUGAAAAAGUUGGUGCAGCCUGUGGAAGAAUACAUCCGACGGGCACAGGUCCUGUGGUUUGGUAUCAGAAGUUUGAAUACGCUGUGGGCCAUUGGCUGCAAAAGUCCUCAGAGCACGUUUUUGGUUGUGUCCUCUGCAGCCCAGGAUGCUUUAGUUUGUUUAGAGCAUCUGCACUUAUGGAUGACAAUGUGCUGAAGAAAUACACCACAAAAGCAACUGAAGCCUCUCAAUACGUCCAGUAUGAUCAAGGUGAAGAUCGUUGGCUCUGUACAUUGCUACUUCAACAAGGCUGGCGUGUGGAAUAUAACGCUGCAUCCGAUGCCUACACAAAUGCUCCACAAGAAUUUGAAGAAUUUUAUAAUCAACGUAGACGUUGGGGACCGUCUACCAUGGCCAAUACCCUUGAACUACUGCAUAAUGGAAGAGAAGCAGUAAAGAAAAAUUCAUCCAUCUCAACUCCCUAUAUCAUUUACCAGAUAUUUACUAUGGCGUCAUCAAUACUAGGGCCGGCUACUGUCUGCUUAAUGAUUGCAGGUUCAUUUUCCUUUCUCUUUCAAUGGAAUGCAAAUGUCAGUUUAAUAUUAGCAAUAACUCCUCCAGCUAUGUACAUUGGUGUCUGUUAUCUAACAAGUACAAAAACCCAAAUAAACAUUGCUGCAGUGCUCAGUGUGCUAUAUGCUUUUCUAAUGACCGCAACCUUCCUGUGUAUUAUAGGUGACAUGGUUAAACAAGAAACCUUUGUGACACCUACUGGCAUAUUUCUCAUUUCCAUGGCUUUAAUAUACAUUGUAACAGCUUUAGUUCACCCACAGGAAUUCCAUUUACUAACCUAUGGAUUUAUGUACAUUAUUUGUGUACCAAGUGGCUAUCUCCUAUUAACUAUAUAUUCCUUGGUUAACAUGCACAUAGUCUCAUGGGGAACUCGUGAGACUGCUAAACCAAAAGAGGAAAAUAAGGAAGAAAACAAGAAAGUCAGAUAUAGAAAGAAUUGUAAAUGUUUGUGCUGGGACAUAGAGAUAUCAGUUAAUGAGCAAAAUGCUAAAGAGAAUAGGCAAAAACAAGAACAGAAAGAUAAUCUUCAGCCUCUCACCAUUCAAAGCCAAGAACAUGAAAAUGACAUCGAACAAGGUAGCCACACGAAUGAAGAUGAUGUUGCACAGGAAGCUUAUGAAGAAAGAUGGAUACAGCAAUUACAAUCAAAAUCAAGAUACAAUGUACUGAAUGAAGAACAAUUAAUGGAGGAGGAAGUUCCAUUUUGGAAAACUCUUAUAAAGGAUUACUUGGAGCCUCUCAAUGAAGAUAAGAAAAAACAAGAACAAAUUGCAGAAGAUUUAAAGUCAUUAAGGAAUAAAGUAACCUUUGUGUUUUUCAUGAUCAAUCUGUUGUGGAUUGUGGCUACUUUCUUUUUGCAAAUAAUUGGCUCUUCAAUCACCAUACAAAUACCCAAAGUGUUUGUCAAUGGAACCGUUUCAGAUUUAGAAACAUUGCCUGUGGAACCCAUUGGAUUUAUGUUCUUGAUAUCAUUUGCCAUCUUAAUUCUAUUACAGUUUGGUGCACUUCUCUAUCACAGAAUCUAUACAUUGAUUCAUUUCAUUGCUUAUCAAGAAACUGAAGGGAAGAUAAACAGAGAGGCCUUUGGAGAUGAAAACAAAUACAAAGAAAUGAGCAAUGGAAUUAACGAAAAUCAAAAUAUUUAUGAGAAUCCCAUUGCAAUAAUUGCAGAAAAUGAGACAGGCCAAAGUGCUAUCCCUUCUCUAGAAAUGCAUCUUGUAACAAGUUGAUUUUUGCACAGACAGUCAGGAACUGCACUAGUGAAUAUAUAGGCUCACCAUAUGCACGCUAUGUCUGGGUCUGGCAAUAGGCAGUAAAUGAUAGUGCUGAUAUCACCAAGCACAAGUGGAUCAGAAUAGUGGAAGCAUCUAAUUCAGGGUUAUUCCAUACUUUAGUGGAAUGGGGUCUAUUUUUUUAAUGACAUUUGUCAGUGUGAUUUACUUAUGUAUGUGCUAAGCAUAAGACAUUCUGAGCUUUGUAAACAAAGUUGAUCUUUUUUUAUCACAGGGACUAAUAUUCCUAUGCUGAAUCACCCUGUUUUAACUGAUGACGUUUUA